GCGCAGUAGGAUAUGGCUGGAUGAAACCUGUUUGUUAGAUGUCACUUCGGAGGCUGUCGUGAUAAAUACACAGCUGUUUUAUUGGUGUAGCAUCAGAUAUGGCCCGCGGGCACCAGAAGCUCCAGUCCCAACAGAAAAACGCCAAAAAGCAGGCAGAGAUAAAGAAGAGCAAAGGGCAUGACCAGAAAGCAGCAGCUAAGGCUGCUUUAGUAUACACAUGCACUGUGUGUCGGACACAAAUGCCUGACCCAAAGACCUUCAAGCAGCACUUUGAAAGCAAACAUCCAAAAUCCCCGAUGCCCCCAGAGCUGGCAGACGUGGAAGCGUAAAUAUUCACCUCCCCUCUGGAAGACCACAAGGCUGACUCAGGACCAGCCUAGACACUUUGGACAUCCACGUUAUGAGUUUCAGAUGAAAUCUACUCUCUAAAGCACUGAUUGUUGAUCCUGGUAAUUUAUUAAUGUGUCUUUGGGUGUAUUUCAUGCAGGUAUGGUGCUUACUACUCACCUGUUGUAAAUGUUUUGGAUUGUUUGUUGCUUUUUGGCCUCACCGUUCACUAUUAACAGAGAGUUGCCCUUUUUACUGGUUUGCACCAAAAAUGGUUAAUGUUACGUUGUUGGUUGUUGUAAAUAUUUGCAGUAAGUUUGAAAAUGUUCAACUCACCCGAU